UUUCACUUUGUCUAGUGCACUUGGCUGUGAGAAAUAAAGUACCACUAAACCUGUAAGGAAGCACAAGUCUGUGGCUUCCGUCUGGUUUCUUGACUUUUAUGUAAUUUCUAAUAGUAACUGGAGAAAUUUAGAGCCAACAGGGUCAGUCUCGCAGACGAUAUAACUGGCAACCACAAAGGGACUGGAUAAGGGUCAGCUCGUUGAUCUUGGCACACAAGUGGGAACACGCAACGCCCGAAAUCUAAAGGUCAUGGAUCGUCGUUUGCUGUUACUUCUGCUCCUCAUGAUGGAGCAGAAUGCGCUGUGUCAACAACAACAAACCUGCACAAAGUCAGUCGUCAACUCCUGCAGUGACUGUAUCAAAUCUGGGCCGUUCUGUGCAUGGUGCCAAAAGCUGAAUUUCACCAAACCAGGAGAGCAGGAAGCAGUGCGCUGUGACACCAAAGACCAGUUGAGACAAAAGGGCUGCGACGAUGAAGAAAUCAUCUCUCCUGUGAACUCUCAAGACAUUACCAAGAGUGAUUCUCUGUCUACGUCUUUUGAGAAUGAAGAACCAGUCCAGAUGAGUCCUCAGAAAAUUAACCUGCAGCUGCGUCCGGGGCUUCCACAAACCUUCCGUGUUUCUUUUAAGAGAGUUGAGGGUUAUCCAGUGGACCUCUACUACCUGAUGGACUUCUCUUACUCCAUGAAAGAUGAUUUGCAGAAAAUCAAAGAACUCGGCAAUGAUCUUUUUGCUGCUCUGAAAAGAAUCACUCGGCAUGCUCAAAUAGGAUUUGGUGCCUUUGUUGAUAAGACAGUCCUUCCUUACACCAACACCAACAAGGAAAAAUUGGCGAAGCCAUGUGAUGAGAAUGACCAGCAGUGUCAGGCUGCCUUUGGCUACAGACAUGUGCUCAGUAUGACAUCAAAGGAGACGGAGUUUGAAAGGAAAGUGGCAGCUCAGUUCAUUUCUGGGAACCUUGACUCUCCUGAAGGGAGUCUGGAUGCCAUGAUGCAGGCUGCUGUAUGUGGGGAUAAAAUUGGUUGGAGAAACAGCAGCACUCGGCUUAUUGUGCUGACCACUGAUGCUGGAUUCCACAUGGCUGGAGAUGGAAAAUUGGCUGGAAUACUGGAACCCAAUGAUGAACAGUGUCAUAUGGAAAAUGAUCUUUAUGUCAAAGGCAGUGAGAUGGACUACCCAUCUGUUGGACAACUUGCUAUGGCGUUGAAAAAGCACAAUAUUCAGCCAAUAUUUGCAGUGACAGAAAAUGUGGAGAUUGUGUAUAAGAAACUCUCCAAAAUUAUUCCAAAAUCUGAAGUGGGAGUCCUGUCAUCAGAUUCCAAAAAUGUUGUUCAGUUGAUUCAGAGAGCCUACAAUAGUUUGUCCUCUAAAGAAACCGUGACUCAUGACAGUCUUCCUGACAAUGUAAGAGUUGUCUACACCCCAAUAUGUGAUAAUCCAGGACCAGCAGGAGACAGCAGAGGAGUUUGUAACAAUGUGCAUGAGGCUCAAAUGAUACAUUUUGACGUUACUGUAACUGUAGACUCAUGUAUAGAGGAUAAGUCUUUCACCAUCAGACCACUGGGAUUUAAAGACACACUGACAGUGACUUUAUCUACCAACUGCAAGUGUCCAUGUGAAAACUCAGAAGACAAAGCUCACCAACAUUGCAGUCACAAGGGAAGCAUCAUCUGUGGUAUUUGCAGUUGCAAUGCCGGUUUCAUUGGUCAGUUCUGUGAAUGUGUCAUUGGUGAUAAAGACGAAACCUCUCUGCGAGCUUCCUGCCAGAGAAAUAACGGCACGGAGUGUGAGGGUCGAGGGGACUGUGUAUGUGGCAGGUGCCAGUGCCACAACACGGAGAGUGGAAGCAGCAUCUAUGGUGAAUUCUGCGAGUGUGACAAUGACCACUGUGAAAAGUUCCAGAAUAAGCAAUGUGGAGGAAAUGGUGAUUGCGAGUGUGGAACAUGCAAAUGCCACUCUGGCUUUGAGGGCAGUGCCUGUCAAUGCAAAAAGUCUGAUGAGGCCUGUCGUACCCCAAACAACACAGUGUGUUAUGGCAGAGGGUCCUGUGUGUGUAACCGCUGUAUAUGUAAAGAGGGAUACCAGCCUCCACUCUGCAAGACAUGUCUCGGCUGCCCAGACCCAUGUCAGACCAAGUGGAGUUGCAUUGAAUGUGUCGUCGGUCUCUUUGAAAAAAACUGUAGCACAGAGUGUAGGAAUACCAAGGUAGAGAAUGUAGACCAAUUCACCUUAACAACCAAGGAGUGUCAGCAGAAGGACAGUGAGGGAUGCUGGAUCAAAUUUAAGCUGGACCAGUUGGUUGGAGAAGAUAACUACAGAGCUGAAGUUUUGAAACAGAGAGAAUGUCCACCACCGCCCAAUUUUGCAGCGAUUAUCGGAGGCGCCAUUGUGGGAGUCGCUCUCAUUGGUCUUCUGGUGCUGAUGCUCGUCAAGAUGCUCCUCUACAUGAGGGACGUGAAAGAGUACAAGAAAUUUGAGAAGGAAAAGAAGAAAUCCCAGUGGAAUGAUGAUUGCAACCCGAUCUUCCAGGGAGCCACCACCACCGUGGACAAUCCUACAUUCACUGGAGAAUGAAGGAAAACCAGCAGAAAAUUUAGCACAUUUUACUGCAUCUGAUUUGUGUCUGUUCUUUUUAUAUUGUUUGCAAAUGUCGUCAUUUACAGAUGAUUUUACUGCUACUGCUGUUGCAUAUUCUCUUACUGAUAAAUUAAUCUGCUAGUCUAGACAUUAUAGACAAAUAAUUGCAGUUGCAUUGUUUUGUCCAAUAACUAUUGACAUAUUUACGCACUGCUUAUCAUACAGUAGAAACUGUGUUGCUUUAUAUAUUUACAGUAAUGCAGUCUGUAUUUGUACCAUAUGUGUAGAAAAUGCAGGAUAUAAUGAUGUAUAAGCACAGCUUUUCAGUGGGAUGUAUUAUUCAGAGAGAAAAUGAAUAAAUAAAGAAAUGUAAGGAAGCAUUUGUUAUUUUAAAUGGAACAGAGGCUUUUAAACUGCA